CACCCCCCCCCCCCCUCUCUCCUAGAAACUUCUCGAUUUGGUUGAUCGAUUCUGCCAUCCCGCCUCGCGCGGCGUGGUUCACGGGGGCCGGGGUCGGAGGUAGUAGCGGUUCUGUUGUGUGCGUUGAGUGGCGCGGCCUGGUUGCCUCUUGCCGCGCCGAUGGGAUUGUGCGGAUGAAUCUGUAACUGCAACCUCUCAUCACUUCCGGUAAGUCAGAAGACAAGAUGAUGCACAAGGAGCUGCCACAGGCAUGGUGGUUUGGCAGCCACAACCUAGCAAGGCCAUCUCCAUGGCUGAACAACACACUUUCAGAGCUGGAUGACAAGACCAUGCAAAUGCUGAAGCUGAUCGACCAAGACGCGGACUCGUUUGCACAGCGUGCUGAAAUGUACUACAAGAAGCGGCCCGUGCUAGUGGACUUGCUUGGCGACCUGUACCGCACGCACCGCUCGGUGGCAGAGCAGUAUGACCUGCUGAAACAUGGCAGCGGCACACGCCAAACAGUGUUUGGCCUUUCUUCCUGCACACAGAGCCGGUCUCAGGCGUCGUCCACGAACGGCAAGACGACGCCUCGCUCCUCUUGCUCUGUCUCCAUGUAUGACUCGGAGUCUGAGGUCGAUGACCCCGAGCAAGAAGACGAGGGAGCGCAGGCAGAGCUGAUGCGUGCGGAGGCCAUCAAGAUGGAGUCGGCCUUUCAGGAACAGCAGCGGCAGGUUGAGCUGAUGCGCGUGGAGAUCGAAAGGCUGAAGGAGCAGAAUGCGGCGCUGCAGAAGGCGGAGGAGGAGAACGCGGAGCUGAAGGCGGAGCUCGCCGGGAAGGACGAGGAGAAGAGGGAGGUCAUCAGGCAGCUCGCGUCGUCCAUGGACAUGAUGAGGGAUGAGAACCUGACGCUGCGUGAGCACAUCAGGGGAUCUAAGCAUUCGUCCACCCGCGCGUUUGAUCUCAAGAAGGCGGCCAAGGAUCUCUUCUCCGCGAGGCUGUUCACCGCGCACUGCAAGCCAACGGGCCCCAUCGUCGCCCUCUGAAGGGAGGUCGGGUGCAGCAGGAUGAAGGAGAGUGAAAACAGCAUGAAUCUCACAUUUGUUGUAGAUCAUGUGCAUAUUGAGGAUGGUGUACUACCCUGUCCGUUUCUGUUCAUGUUCAGGUUUAGCAACUAGAGAGAGGAUUCGUUUUAACCAGUGCUUUGGCACCUGUAUUUACAUCUGUGGUGGUAGUUAAUUACAGUUAUAUGUUCAGCCAUAUGGCGUUAACUAUAGCUAAAUGGAGUAUUGGCACCUGUAUUUACAUC